AGAAAAUCAUGUUCCCACCCUUUUGAUAGUCCUCAUACGGAUAUGAGGAUGAUAAGAUAAAAGAAUCAUUUUCAAAAAAAGAAAAGAAAAAGAAAUGUAAUGAUUUUUUUGUGAAUAACUCAAACUUCUAGAGUGAAUAAGAAAAAAAAUAUUUCAAAAAAAAGGUGUUUGACUUAAAAUUUUAGGUCACAUUUGAAAAAACCCCUCUUAAUUAUAAGGUUCAUUUUCUAAAAGUAAAGUGCGGUUUCUAAAAGCCCUUAUUUCGAAUGUUUACAACCGUCCCGUCCCGCUCCGCAGUUAACAAUAACAAAAAUCUCUACAUAUACUAUAUAUCUAUACGUUUUUAUAACUGUUAAAACCGCAUCGCAGUUAAACCGCUUGUUCCGCACCGCUCAAACCGCAGUCAUCAUUCGGAGCCUAAGUGAAAAAUUGGAGGUUGAACCGGGCGGCGGACAUAACUUGCUCGGACAACGCACUCCUUUCUUACUGUCUUUUAAUUAUAAACUAAUAAAAAAUUCGCAUUUUGGCAAUAAAUUCACCGUCAAUUCAAGCAAGACUUUCCACAGGUGUGAGAGUUUUCACAGUUUUUAUUGUAUAAUUGAUUGUUUUUAAUAUUGAUCUCUAAAUUUUUUUAAAAUAUAAUAUAUAAGAAUUUAAACCCUAUAAAUUAUAAAAUAAGUAUGAAAAUUUACAGUGAAGUAAAAAUGUUUAUAGCUCUUUUAGUCAGGUUUUUUUGUCCGAAAAUGUGUUAUUGCUUAAAUUGAUCGUAUCUUCAAAUUGAAUUUAUAUAUUUUAUGUUACAGUAACUGAUAGGUUAAUAAAAUAGUAUAUAAACUGGUGCGGAGUCAAAAUAGAUCUUUUUAGGCUUUUAGGUCCGGACCUUUGCAAAAGUUGCCGUUUUUUUGUUAUUUUUAUUUUUUUUAAACAGCUUUGUUUCCAUUUUGUCAAAAUCUUGAGGGAAAGUGACAAAAUAAGUAACCAAAUUGGUCAAAUCUGAAGAUAUUCUUCGAAGAAAGAAGAUGAAAAGGUCAAAGUUAUAACCUGAUUUCUUGGGACCUUCUGAGUGAGACAAAAAAGGGACAAGUCAUAUGAUAUAACAAAGGAGACACCUUUGUCUUUCAUUUUGCUGAUCUCACUCUUACGUCUAAGAAGACAACUUUUCUUGUCUAGUCACCAGAAAAUCUUGAAAGAGAGUGAAAAAAUGAAUGGUGAUUUUGAUAUUUCUAAAGGAGAUGAUGAGUUUGAGAGUGAUAGCUUCGAAGCAAUGUCUGGCGAUGAUGAUGAUAAACAUGAACAACGCCCUAAAAAGAAGAAGAAGAUGUCAAAGUACCGUAGACACACUUCUUACCAGAUUCAAGAACUCGAAUCUUUCUUCAAAGUGUGUCCUCAUCCUAAUGAGAAGCAAAGGCUUGAACUUGGAAGCAAACUUUCUUUGGAGAGUAAGCAAAUCAAGUUUUGGUUUCAGAACAGAAGAACACAAAUGAAGACGCAACUAGAGAGGCAUGAGAAUGCGAUUCUCAGACAAGAAAAUGAAAAACUGCGUGUCGAAAACGGUAUCCUUAAAGAAGCAAUGAGAAGUCCUCCUACAUGCAACAACUGUGGUGGAGCAGCUACACCUGGUGAGGUCUCACAUGAGCAGCAGCAGCUUAGGAUGGAGAACGCUAAGCUUAAGUACGAGCUCGACAAGCUUUGCGCUUUAUCAAACAGAUUCAUUGGCGGUUCUAUCUCACUAGAGCAGCCUUCAAAUGGUGGGGUUGGCUCACAGGAUUUGUCUUUAGGACAUGGUUUCACCAGAGGUACUUCGACCUUUAUGGAUAUUGCCGCGGUGGCUAUGGAUGAGUUGAUAAGGCUAGCUGAAGUGGAUAAUCCUUUAUGGACAAAAUGUUCAAAGAGCGAGAGGGAUUCAAUGAAGCACGACCAGUAUACAAGCAUUUUUGCGGGAAGUAAACAUCCAGGUUUUGCAGCUGAAGGUUCAAGAGAAACUGGUUUAGUUCUCAUCAAUAGCUCGACUCUAGUGGAGACUCUAAUGGACACGAACCGAUGGGCAGAGAUGUUUGAGUCUAUUGUAGCUGUUGCAUCAACCGUUGAAGUGAUAUCUAACGGUAGUGGUGGAUCUAGAAACGGCGCUCUUCUGUUGAUGCAAGCAGAGUUUCAAGUGAUGUCUCCAUUGGUUCCAAUCAGACAAGUAAAGUUUCUUAGAUAUUGCAAGCAACAUGGAGAUGGUUUAUGGGCGGUCGUGGAUGUUUCUUAUGAUGUAAACAGAGAAAGUCAGGACUUGAAGUCUUAUGGUGGCUUAAAGAGGCUUCCCUCAGGAUGCAUCAUACAAGACAUAGGCAAUGGUUGCUCCAAGGUGACGUGGAUUGAACAUUCAGAGUAUGAAGGGAGUCAUAUCCAUCCUCUUUACCAACAAUUGCUCGGUUCUUCGGUUGGGUUAGGUGCAACCAAAUGGCUUGCAACUCUGCAGAGACGAUGUGAAAGCUACACAACCCUUUUGUCUUCUCAAGACCAAACAGGUUUGCCACUUGCUGGCACCAAGAGCACACUAACACUUGCACAGCGUAUGAAGCGCAACUUCUAUUCAGGCAUAACUGGAUCGCCCAUCCACAAAUGGGAGAAGCUUGUCGCUGAGAACGUAGGACAGGAGACAAGGAUACUGACCAGGAAGAGCCUUCAGCCGUCUGGUGUUGUAUUAAGCGCUGCAACGUCUAUGUGGCUACCGGUGACUCAGCAGAGACUGUUUGAGUUUCUGUGUGAUAGUAAAUGCAGAAACCAGUGGGAUAUUUUGUGUAAUGGUGCUUCAAUGGAAAACAUGCUUCUCAUCCCACAAAGGCAAAGUGAAGGAAGAUGCGUCUCUCUUCUUCAACAUGCUGGAAAGCAUCAAAAUGAGAGCAGUAUGCUAAUCCUGCAAGAGACAUGGAGUGAUGCUUCCGGUGCGCUUGUGGUUUAUGCACCCGUCGAUGUGCCAUCUAUGAACAUGGUAAUGAGCGGUGGAGACUCAGCUAACGUUGCGCUUCUUCCAUCAGGGUUCUCCAUAUCGCCUGAUGGAUCAUCAUCAUGGUCUGAUCAGAUCGAUAAAAAUGGAGGUUUGGUGAACCAUGAAAGCAAAGGAUGUCUCCUGACAGUAGGGUUUCAGAUCUUAGUGAACAGCGUACCGACCACAAAGCUCAACAUGGAAUCUGUUCAAACUGUUAACAACCUCAUCGCUUGCACCAUUCACAAGAUCAAAGCCGCUCUUAGUAUACCUGCUUAGCUAAAUUUCUAGAGACCUAUUCUUGUUUCUCUUUCUGGAACAUUUUGUGAGAGAGUAGAAGACAAUAGAAAUUCAGUAAAACUUUGAGACAAAUAGUAAGUAGAACAAACAAACAAACAAAUGGGCCACAGAGUCUUGCAAAACUGAUUCUUUGUUUUGUUUCUGGCAUUUUCCUCC